AUGAUAGCAUACGAGCAUGAAUAUAAUGAUGAACCGAAUCCACGAUCAGUAGCUAACCCUUUGUCAGUAGUUUUAUUUUGGUGGACUAUGCCUAUAUUUCGCAAAAGAUGCCAACGAGAAUUUGAAGAAUAUGAUCUUUAUAGACCUCUUCCACAGCACCGAUCACAAUAUUUGGGUGAUCAAUUUUGCACUGAAUGGAGGUACAUGCGCGACCGUCACCCCGUUAGUCCUGGUGAAAGGAUGCGCAAAAGCAGACCUCGAGUGUGGAGAGUAUUGGCUCGCUUAUUUGGUUUAAAGCUGUUUUUAUACGGAUUUUUGUACUUUUUAGUAGAAAUUGUUAGAUUACAUCAACCAUUAUUACUAGGACUACUAGUUCAAUAUUUCACAGAAGAAAAUGGCAGAAAUAAUAACACCGUCAAGUAUACAUAUAUGCAAAGAGUUUUUCAUUACCAUGCCCAAAAUCAAUCAGCAAUAACCAGAUCAGAAGCAUAUUUCUUUGCAAGUGGUGUUGUUUUCUGCUCUGCCUUGGCUGUUUUGGUAACUCAUCCAUUAUUGAUGGGAUGCAUGCAUAUAGGAAUGAAGAUUCGCGUGGCUACAUGUUCUGCUAUAUACAGAAAGGUCUUGAGAUUAAGCAGAUCAGCAUUAAGCCAAACAUCGGCCGGGCAAGUUGUAAAUUUAAUGUCCAACGAUGUAAAUCGUUUUGAUACCGCGCCUUUAUUUCUUCACCAUGUCUGGGUUGGUCCUACAUUAUCUUUUAUAAUCACUGUAUUUUUAUACAGUGACGUUGGACCCAGUGCGUUAUAUGGAAUUUUGCUAAUUUUACUUUUAAUGCCAUUGCAAAUCUUUUUGGCUUACACCACUUCCAUAUUGCGACACAGAACUGCCCGUUUAACUGAUGAAAGAGUUAGAAUUAUGAGCGAAGUUUUGCGUAGUAUAGACGUUAUCAAAAUGUAUACAUGGGAACCACCGUUUCAAAGGCUUGUUCACGAUUUACGCAAUAGUGAAAUGAAACAAAUUCGUGGAUGUGGCUACAUUAGAGGAAUUGUAAUGUCUUUUAUUAUGUUUGGUACGAGAUGCGCUAUAUUUGUAACUUUAGUAUCUUAUGUCCUAUUUGAGUAUGGGCACCUUACUGCAGAGAAGGUGUUCAUGGUUAUCGCUUAUUACAACAUACUACGUACUGCAAUGACGGUAUAUUUUGUACAAGGGGUUGCCCAGGUAGCAGAAUUAUGCGUAGCUUUGCAGCGCAUACAGUCAUUUAUGGAUCACAGCGAAAAUAUCAUAACCGAUGAAACUAAAAUGCCAAAGCCAUCUCUAAGUACAUUGGCAGUUCUGAAUGAGAAUCGCUUUCUUCCACAGCGUGAACCUGUUUUAGAAGUUGAAUUAAGUACAAAGGUAAAAUUACGUUCUCGUAUUCCAUCUGAAGAAGACAUGGCACCUGGUAUAUUUUUAUUACACGCUUUUGCAAAAUGGCGCAAUGAAGAUCCUAAGUACGAUUUACGUGAUUUGACAUUGACCUUAAGACCAGGUACGCUGUGCGCAGUUACUGGACCAGUAGGAAGCGGUAAAACAUCUUUACUGUAUUUACUUUUACGAGAACUACCAGUACUGAGCGGAUUUGCUCGCAUAAAUGGUGCUAUGAGUUACGCCUCUCAGGAACCUUGGUUAUUCGUAGGUACAGUUCGCCAGAAUAUACUAUUUGGCCAAGAGUAUGAGAGAAGGCGUUAUAGAGCAGCAGUAGCAGCGUGUGCUCUUGAAAGAGAUUUUGAACUCCUUCCAAAUGGUGAUCAUUCUAUAGUUGGAGAACGAGGCGUUUCAUUAAGUGGUGGACAAAGAGCAAGAGUAAAUUUAGCAAGAGCCGUUUACAGAAAAGCCGAUAUUUAUCUAUUGGAUGAUCCAUUAUCCGCGGUGGAUGCAAAAGUAGGACUUCAACUUUUUAGAAAUUGUGUUACUGGUUUCCUCAGGGAUAAAACUGUAAUACUGGUCACCCAUCAACUGCAAUAUCUUCAAAACGUCGAACACAUUAUAUUAAUGGGCGAUGGCUACAUAGAAGCUCAGGGCAGUUUUGAUGAGGUCUUGGAAAGCGGCAAAGAAUUUGCUCAAUUAAUGAAAGAGAUCAAGCAAUGCGGCGAUAUGCUAGAAGAUGAUAAACCAAGUACUUCUGUAACUACCCCUGCCGGCAGCAAUAUACCCAAAAAAAUCAGCCGUCAAUUUAUGAUGGGCCUGAGUGCAAGCGGUGCUUCUUUAUCAGAAAAGAUUAAAACGCGGCCGCCUCAAGAAGUUGAAGUCCAUUCGCAUGGAAGAGUAAAGGGACAAAUUUAUUCAAAUUAUUUUCGUGCUGGUGUUAAGUGGCCCCUGAUAGUUAUAUUAAUAAUGUUAUUUUUAAUAGCACAAGCAUCUGUUAGUGGUACAGAUUGUUGGCUCACAUAUUGGGUGAACACAGAGGUUCAUUAUAGAAUGACUGGUGACAGAGAUAUGGAUACUCAUACUUGUAUCAUGAUUUAUGCCGCACUAAAUUUAACAAUCAUAAUAUCGUCUUUAACAAGAUCAUUUAUGUUUUUCUGGGUUUGCGUUAAAGCAUCUGUAAAAUUACAUGAUGACAUGUUUUUAAGUAUAUCCCGAGCUACAAUGCGUUUUUUCAACACCAACCCUUCAGGACGAAUUUUAAAUCGAUUUUCUAAGGAUAUGGGGGCAGUAGAUGAAUUAUUACCUUAUGCAAUGAUGGAUACAGUACAAUUGUCGUUCAAUAUGCUUGGAGUACUAGCUGUAGUUGCAGUUGUAGAACCCACACUCUUAGGACCACUUGUAGUUAUUCUUAUUGGAUUCUGGCUGAUGAGAUCUAUGUACGCCCGGACUAGUACAAGUAUCAAACGUCUUGAAGGAAUUACACGAAGUCCAGUAUUUUCACAUUUAAAUGCUAGUAUUCAAGGAUUACCGACUAUAAGAUCCUUCCACAUGGAAAGACGGUUGUCAGACGAGUUCGAUUCCCAUCAAGACUUACACAGCUCUUCUUGGUAUUUAUUCAUUGGAAUUAGCCGUGCAUUUGGAUACUGGUUAGAUUUGGGAUGCGUGUUGUUUGUGGCUUGUGUGACUUUCAGUUUCUUAUUGUCAAGUACUGAGUAUUCAGAUUCGAAAGCAGGAGCUGCUGGCUUAGCUAUCACCCAAUGUAUUUCUCUUACUGGUGUUUUUCAAUGGGGUAUGAGGCAGUCUGCCGAGAUGGAAACUCAAAUGACAUCUGUAGAGAGGAUUUUGGAAUAUAAAAAUAUCGAUCAUGAAGGUGCUUUGAAAAGUGCGCCCGGCACAGAACCUCCACAUGAUUGGCCCAAGACGGGAAAAGUUGAAUUUUGUGAUGUUUCUCUUUCAUACAGUCCAACUGCAAAACCUGUGUUGAGAAAUCUUUCUUUCGUGGUGCCAGCCCGCACAAAGAUGGGUAUCGUUGGCCGGACCGGAGCCGGCAAGUCAUCAAUUAUAGCUGCUUUAUUUCGCAUGGCGCCAUUGGAUGGUGAGAUUUUGAUCGAUAAUUUGGCUACGUCAACAAUGGGUCUUCAUGAUUUAAGACGUGUCAUUAGCAUAAUUCCGCAAGAACCAGUUUUAUUCUCAGGAACCAUACGUAAAAACUUAGAUCCAUUUGAGGAACAUUCAGAUGCAGAAUUGUUUACGGCGCUACGAGAAGUUGAAUUAUUGGAAGUUGCCAGGCCUGAAAUUGGUGGUCUAAAUCACAAUUUAUCAGAUGGUGGCGGAAAUUUAAGUAUAGGUCAACGACAACUAGUAUGUUUAGCACGUGCACUUGUACGUGGUAAUCGUAUAUUAGUUCUAGAUGAAGCUACCGCUAAUGUUGAUGCCAAAACUGAUUUUCUUAUACAGACUGCAAUUCAAACUCAUUUUAAAGAAUGCACCGUUUUUACGAUAGCUCAUCGGCUGCAUACAGUUAUGAGUUGUGAUAAGAUACUUGUAAUGGAUGCCGGACGAGUAGUUGAAUAUGAAUCACCAUGGCGAUUACUUCAAAGCCCAGAUAGCUUUUUAUCUAUAUUAGUCCGUCAAACUGGCCCGGAAAUGGCCGCUGUGCUGAUCGCAAUGGCCCGUAAGGCCAGUGAUGAUGAUCCAAGCGCACCAACAGCUCAAGAUAUUCAACAAUCAUAUACAACGGCAGAUGAUCAGAAAACCGAGAGAUCUUCAACAUCCUCGCGCUCCGUGGAACGCAGUGAUAUUGUCGGAAUUCCAGGAAGAGACCCUCCAGAUCAAGGCCCCAAAAAUGGUGCUAUAGAAGAAUCAGCUGAAGUUUCUAGCAGUGGUCAAGAUCAAACAGACAAUCCAGAAAAUGAAAAUAAUAAUACUCGGAAUCAAUGA